CGGCGGCUGCUGAGGGGAGCAGCGUGUGGGCCCCGCUGCGCCCGGCCCCGCUCCAUGGAGGCGGCUAACGGGGCCCUGCCCGACGGCGCGGCGGGGGCUUCCCGCGGGAGCGCGGCCGCCCCGUCGGGCAGGAAAGAGGUGAAGAUGGUGAUCGUGGGGGACGGCGGCUGCGGGAAGACGUCGCUGCUGAUGGUGUAUGCUAAGGGCUCCUUCCCCGAGCAAUACGCGCCGUCCGUCUUCGAGAAGUAUACAGCCAGCGUUACGGUGGGCAAAAAGGAGGUCACCCUAAAUUUGUACGAUACCGCAGGGCAGGAGGACUACGAUCGGCUACGGCCUCUUUCUUACCAGAACACAAACGUCGUGUUAAUUUGUUACGAUGUCAUGAACCCCACUAGCUAUGAUAAUGUAGCAGCUAAGUGGUAUCCUGAAGUGAAUCACUUCUGCAGAGGGGUCCCGCUGGUACUGAUCGGCUGCAAGACAGACCUUCGGAAAGACAAAGAACAGUUGCGCAAGCUCAGGGCUUCCAGGCAGGAGCCCAUUACUUACAACCAGGGAGAAGCAGCUUGUCAGCAGAUUAAAGCAGAAAUUUAUCUGGAGUGCUCAGCCAAGUGUCGUGAGAACAUAGAAAAAGUUUUUAAAGAAGCCACAAGCCUUGCACUGAAUGCCAUGAAAAGGUCCAGGCGCCAGGAGAAACGGACAGUGUGCUCAGUGGUGUGAUCCAGGCUGGAGGAGCAUCAGCUGUGCCACAGGCAAAUGAGGCAGGUUUUAAAAACAGUCUAAAGACCUUUAUUUUUUUUUUUCAUGAUGUGUUUGUAUUCCUAGAAGGAUUUGUAUUUUAAUUGUUUUUAGGAUUUUUUGCACUUGGGUUGCACUGCACUGCAAGUUUCCAAAGCCCUUUGCCAACGUUAACUGCUGCUGUGUGCCUUUGUCCAUCUGACUUUUGCUCCUCACUGCAAACAACCAUGAGUCAGGUCUUGGACUCACUGUUGAAAUUGCAACAAACAGCAACUGCUGUGAUAUGACUUAACUAGUGGUUUGGGGGGUUUGUUUUUACUUUUCAAGAUUGUGGCAUGUUGUAGCUACAAUUACUGUCUUUUUCAAGCACAAAAGCUACAUCUCUUAGAAGUGAUGUUAGAGCAGCUUAUCAGGCACCUUUGAAAAAACAGAAGUGAAAUUCUGUCUCAAUUUACUUGGUGGCAGGGGUGUGAGUUAGCCCCAAGCUGUCCCCAGAGUGCCCAGAUGAGCAUCCACUGCCUCAGUAGCUUUAGGGCUUUCCUUGCAGGGCCUGCUGCUGUAAUGGAAAGUGAUAUUUAUCAGUGGAAACACAUCAAUUGCUCCAAUUCAGAAGUGGAGAAUCAUAGAAAAUACUUAAUUUACAGCACUCAAAGUCAGAAGUACUCCCAAGCAGCUACUAUCUGUAAAGUCAGUUUUGCAAUAACCUUACAUAGCUUAUUUAAUACAUGACAUGCAAAUAUUGGUGCAUGCUAGGGGAAAUAUUUAACUCAUGUUACAUGAGCUGAUGAAGUCUCAUCUCUACUGCUAGAAAUUAAAAUUUUCCCUUUUGUGAUGGUGUCAGUUGUCUGUAAGGAUGAAGGAUGCUCCUACUGCACAACACAUCUCUCAAAUCUUUUCCACAACCUGUGCAGUGAGAUGUCAGAUUUCAGGAACAAUUACUAGUUUGUAGCCAUCAGAAACCAAACCCAUGAGGGGGAAGGCAGUUUCUGCAGUACAGGUGCUGUUGAAAGCUUUCUGUGUAAGGCAAACUACAGCCCAUCCUAAGGGAGGAUACAUAGGACCUGUGAACAGUAACAAGACACAACCUUUUGCCAAAAAGAUUAGGCAGUGCCUGCCAGGAAUCUCCUAUUAGAGAAACAUCACACACAGAGCCUGGGAAUUGUACUACAGAUUUCACACAACUUUACCCUGAAAAAGCUCUGUUUUGGAGCGAGCCAUCAUCAUUACUUUAGAUGCAGGGGAAAGAGAUCUUGAUCCUUGAAAUCUUGCCUUUUCUGUUUGUUUCUUUCUUUCUUCCCCUAAUUUGUUAUGAUUCAAUUAAAGCUUGUGACUCCCUUCAAAGCUUGAAAUGGAAAUCAUUUAAAACAUUAAAA